AUGGGUGUGGGUGGAACGAGGAUUGUAUCGUUUAGACAGCCGAAUUAUUACCCGGUUACUCAACAAAAAGGGGCAAGCCAGACAGGUGCAGUGGCUCAGCCGUACAGCUCGUACUGUGGUUUGCUAAUGCGCUGGGCGGUUGUUGAGAUAAGAAGAAGAGGGAAAGGGAAAGGAAGAAAGAGGAAGAGAGAGAGAGAGAAAGGGCACACGAAAUUCAGGAUACGGCGGAGGAGUUAUCUUUAUUUUAUACGGUCUUGCCUUGUAAGGCCCUACUCAAGCGGGAACAAGAAAAACAGUUGUAGCUUCCACAAGAUGUUGGCUAUAGAGAUUGUUCUGUGCUUAAAGGCUCGCUAA